AUGCCGCCACCGACACCCCCCCGCCGCACUCCGCGCACCGCCGCCCGGCGCACGUCCGUCGCGGGUGCCUCCGCGCGUCCCCGCCUCACGCGCGCGCUCCUUGUCGCGCUCGUCGCGGCGGCAGCCAUCGCGCGCGUCGCGACACCAGCGGCGGCGGCGGCGGCGUCGUGGGGUCCCGCGUGCGUGAACGGGUUUCCGAAGCGCGCGCUGUGCCGCUUCGUGGAUGACUUGGCGGCGUCCCCGCUGGUGGAGGUGGACGGCGCGACGGGCAGCGCCGUCACCAUCGGGGUGUUCCAGAAACGCAUCAAGUUUCACCGCGACCUACCAGCGACGAAGCAGUACGUGUUCGGUGUGGACAGGGAGAGCGCCAGCUACCCCGGCCCUCUCAUUGUGGCACAGCGACACACGCCCACCACGGUAGGCCCCGCGCACACGCCCGGUAAGGUGCGGUGGGAGAACCAUGUGAGCGACCAGCAGCACAUGCUGGGGGUGGACUACUCGCUCUCACACGUCGCCCGCCCCGCCCAAGGCGGCAUCCCCAUCUGUGCGCACCGCUGCCCCAUCGCCGGCCCAUCGCCGCCCCAUUGCCGCCCCAUCGCUGCCCCAUCGCUGCCCCAUCGCAUGCCUGCCAUCGCGCAUGCGCAGAUCGCACAUGCACAUGUCGCAUGUUCUGUUCCCAUGUGCGUCAACUUCCCCCGCGCUCCCCCCCACCUGCACGGCUCAGAAUCCCCAAGCCACUCCGACGGCCACCCGCACGCGUGGUUCUCGCAGCACGGCGACACCGGCUCAGCCUUCUCCUCCGCCACCACCACCUACCCCAACGCGCAGCCGCCAGCCCUCCUCUGGUUCCACGACCACGCCAUGGGAUACACUCGCCUCAACACCGCUGCUGGCAUGGCCGGGCUGUAUUUGAUCCGCGACCUGACAGGGGUGGAGCAGGCCAUGAGUGGGUGGUUGCCGCAAGGGGAGUUCGAUGUGCCGCUUGUGCUGGCGGAUCGCCGGUUCCGGAAGGAUGGGAGUGUGGUGUAUGGUGGGGGCGGGGGAGGAGGGGGGAUGGGUAUGAACAUGCAGAUGGAGAGCUUCGGAAACGUGAAUGUGGUCAAUGGGAAGGUAUCCUCACUGCCCUCGCUACCAACCUGCCUGUCUUUCCUUCUUCCCCCUACCAUACUCCUGCCAAUCCUCCUUGCCCCACUUCCCAUCACCCUCCCUCCCGCCCCCCCUCCUCGUGUGCCCCCUCUCCCAUCUCACUGCCCCGUUUUCAUCGUGCUCCCACCACAACGCCUCCACCAACUCCCUCUCUUCCCCCUGUGUGGCGUUGUGGUUGGGUGGCGUGGCGUCACACCCACAUCACAUCACAAAAGUCCCCCAACCUCCCCCAACCCAACCUCCCCCAACCUCCCCCAACCUUCCCCACCUCCCCCACCUCCCCCAUCACCCGCAUGGCAGGUGUGGCCGUACAUGAGUGUCAAGCCUCGACUGUACCGUCUGCGUCUGCUGGGAGCAGCAAACUCUCGCGUGUACCGCCUGCACUUCCAGUGCGCCGCCCAGAAGGACUACCCGCACCUCGUGCCGCCCCUGGACGGCCCCACUCUCUCCGUGCUGCAGAUAGCCUCAGACGGAGGGUACCUAGCAGCGCCCGUGCGCCGCUCCUCAAUCCUCCUCGCCCCAGGAGAACGAGCAGACAUUCUUCUCGACCUCUCCUCCCUCCCCUCCUCCUGCCGCCACAUCCUCCUCCUCAACACCGCGCCCGCGCCCUUCCCCGCCGGCGCGGGCGGCAUGGGUGGCAUGAUGGGCGGCCCCAUGGGGUGGGCGGCUCGCGGUGUAGGCAAGGUGGUGGGCAGUACGGGGAGGGCCAUGGGGAGGACAGUGAGGAAGGUGACAGGGCGAAAGAAGGUGGUAACGGCGAAGAAGGCCGUGGGGACGGUGAUGCUGUUCAAGGUGGUGCAGGAGGCUGCUGUGGCUCCGCCUGCUGUGCCAGCCACACUGCAGGCCAUCCCCCCCAUUGACCUCUCGCAGGUGUCUCGAGUGCGCUACCUCACUAUCUCUGGUAUGACGAUGAGCGGCAUGGGCGGGGGCAUGGGCGGGGGCAUGGGCGGGAGGAUGGGCGGGAGAAUGGGCGGCAGGGGGAGAAGAGUGCGGAGGCGAGGGAGGGGCAUGGGGGAGCUGUGGGGCAUGUGGGACGGCAUGAGUAGCAACAUCUCCACAGCCUCACUUUCUGUGCGGAGGAGCACUAUCAGGGGGCGCAUGGGGAUGGGCAUGGGGGGCGGCGGUAUGGGAGGAGGAGGCGGCAUGGGAGGGGGAGGCGGAGGAGGCGGCAUGGGUGGCGGAAUGAUGCGGUUCACGAUCGACGGCAAGGGCUUUAUGGAUGCCGCCACAGAGGUGGCUGCAGCAGGAGCGUCAGAGUUAUGGCACAUAGUGAACACAGGCUCGCACGCGCACCCCAUUCACAUCCACCUGGUGCAGCACCGCCCCAUCUCCCGCCGCCCCUUCAACGCCGCGGGCUUCCUCAAGGGCUCGUGUGCGCUGAGCGGCGGCAGCAGCAAGCCGAGCUGCUACACCGGGGGUGCGGAGGCGGUGGGGGCGUGGGAGAGCGGGUGGAAGGAUACGACGCUCGCUCUGCCUGGGCAAGUGCUGAAGCUGUUUGUGAGGUUCACUGCUCAGGAUGGGUCGGCGCUUCCGUUUGACGCGACAGCGGGUCCGGGCCACGCCUGCCGCCGCGUAUGCCGCUCGCCUGCCCCUCGCUUGCCGCGCGCCUACCGCAUGCUCGCCGCACUUGCCACGCGCCUGCCGCCACGCCUUCCACACACCUACCCCUCACCUGCUGCACGCCUGCCGUGGCGCCUACCGCGCGCCUGCCUCUCGCCUGCCACAACUCCUGCCUCUCGCCUGCUGCCGCGCCUGCCAACCGCUGAACCUACCGACGCACAUGUCGACGCCACAGCGUCUGCAGCUGUUGUCGUUGCUGCCGCGUCUGCAUGUUGUGCUGCCCGUUGUCUGCCUGCCUGCAUCUGA